UCCCCAGCACACACGUUUGCACAGAGCAGGGUCCUCAGGCCUCCACAAUGUUGGCCUCUGGCUCCGGACCCUGUCCUCCUCCUUACCUGCUGCUGGCUCUGCUGUUGGGACUCACAGGUGUGGCAGGUGAGGCGGAGCUGCAGGUGAUCCAGCCUGAGAAGUCAGUGUCUGUCGCAGCCGGACAGACAGCCACUCUGCACUGCACCCUGACCUCCCUGCUCCCCCUUGGGCCGGUUGAGUGGUUCAGGGGAACAGGGCCAGCCCGGGAGUUAAUCUUCAGUUUCAGAGGAGGCCGCUACCCCCGAGUGACAAAUGUUUCAGAUGCCACAAGGAGAAACAACACGGACUUUUCCAUCCGCAUCAGUAACAUCACCCCAGCAGACGCUGGAACCUACUACUGUGUGAGGUUCCAGAAAGGGAACCCUGAUGUGGAGUUUAAGUCUGGACCAGGCACUCAACUCAUAGUGAGCGCCAAACCCUCUCCCCCCGUGGUGUCGGGUCCCACGGCCAGGGCCUCGCCUGAGCAGACAGUGAACUUCACCUGCAACUCCCAUGGCUUCUCCCCCAGAAGCAUCACCCUGAGAUGGUUCAAAAACGGGAAUGAGCUGGCAGCCUCCCAGACCACCGUGGACCCAGAGGGAAACAGCACUUCCUACAGCGUCUCCAGCACAACCAGGCUGGUGCUGGCCCCGGGGGACGUUCGCUCCCAGGUCAUCUGCGAGGUGACCCACGUGACCCUGCAGGGUCCUCCUCUUCGUGGGACUGCCAACUUGUCUGAGGUCCUCCGAGUUCCGCCCACCUUGGAGGUUUCCCAGGAACCCGUGGCAGGGGACCAGGUGAAGGUCACUUGCCAAGUGAAGAAGUUCUACCCCCAGCGCCUACAGCUGACCUGGCUGGAGAACGGAAACAUGUCCCGAACAGAAACGGCCUCGACGGCCUCGACGGCCUCAAACCUCAUAGAGAACAAGGAUGGGACGUUUAACUGGACGAGCUGGCUCCUGGUGAACUCAUCCGCCCACAGGGAAGAUGUGGUGUUUACCUGCCAGGUGCAGCAUGACCGGCAGCCUGCGGUCACCAAAAACCAUACCCUUGUGGCCUCUGCCCACCAGAAGGACCAGGACCCAAGGCUAUCUACUCCACUCCUGGUGGCUGUCACCCUCGGCCCAAAGCUGCUGCUGCUCAUCACUGUCUCUGCCAUCUAUGCCUACAGGAAGAGAAGGCCUGCAUGUGUCCCAGGAGGAAAAUAGCGUGGAGGACAUAGGAGACACAUGGGGAACAUUUCUGGAAUGAUGAGCAGAUAAUUAACUGUGGUGAACAUGGGUCCUACAGCACUUACCUUCCUCCCCUGCUACAUGCCACCCUCAGUCUCUGCUGCCUCCUUCCUUCCAUGAGGGACCCAGCCUAAGAGAAAGAACAACUAGAAGCUUCCACAACUCUGCUCCAAAUGCCUUGCUUCCCCCAGAGACCCAGCUGCCCACACCUCCUGCUUCUCCUUCUCAGAGUCUUUGAUGCCCCCAGAGCUGGGUCUUCAUACCAGGUCCUCAGGAGGGGCCAUGGGAACUUGCUCUGGGGACUGACGCAGAGACUUGUGAGAAACAAGUCACAUCUACACAGACCAGGUAUCUCUCAUCCAUCUUCUGGGGACUGUGGCCACAAACUACACACUUAUGUCCAUGCUCUCAGGAGUUAUUCCUGCCAAGCCCCAGCCUCUCCAGCCUUGGUGAGGUUCUCUAUUGGGUCUUAAAUAGAAUGCAUCCGAGGUAUCUUAUGGUUUUUUGUGCUAUUGUAAAUUGAAUCAUUUCCCUAAUUUCUCUUUCUACAGUUGCAUUGUUAGUGUAUAAGAAAGCAACUGAUUUCUGUGCAUUGAUUUUGUAUCCUGUCACAUUACUGAAUUGCUGUAUGAGUUCUAGUAAUUUGGGGGUGGAGUCUUUUGGUUUUUCCACAUAAAGUAUCAUGUCAUCUGUGAAAAGAGAGAGUUUGACUUCUUUGCCAAUUUGAAUACCUUUAUUUCUUUUUGUUGUCUGAUUGCCAUUGCUAGGACUUCUAGUACUAUGCUGAACAAUAGUGGCGAGAGCGGGCAUCCUUGACGUGUUCCUGAUCUUAAGGGAAAGGCUCCCAGCUUUUCACUAUUAAGGAUGAUAUUUGCUGUGGGUUUUUAAUAGAUGGAUUUUAUGAACUUGAGGAAUGUUCCCUCUAUCCCUAAACUAUGAAGAGUUUUAAUCAGGAAAGGAUGCUGUAUUUUGUCAAAUGCUUUUUCUGCAUCAAUUGAGAGGACCAUACGGUUCUUCUCCCUCCUCUUAUUAAUGUGUUCUAUCACAUUGAUUGAUUUGCGAAUGUUGAACCACCCUUGCAUCCCAGGGAUAAAUCCCACUUGGUUGUGGUGGAUGAUCCUUUUAAUGUAUUGUUGGAUCCUAUUAGUUAGGAUUUUGUUGAGGGUUUUGGAAUCCAUAUUCAUCGGUCUGAAAUUCUCCUUUUUGAUGGGGUCUUUGCCUGGUUUGGGGAUUAAAGAAUAAACCUAACCAAAGAGGUAAAGAAUCUAUACUCUAGGAACUACAGAACACUCAUGAAAGAAACUGAAGAAGACACAAA